AUGAAAUAGCAAAAAAAGAUAAGGUAUUAGAUCAAUAAUAUAACUAGAAAGACUCACCGACGCAUUAUAUAAGUAAUAUAAAUUAUUAAGGAAGACUGCUUUGACUCAUGGGUGAAUACUAACGAGUAUUUAUUGACAAAGUUCAGCGCACCUUCUUGCGGCAUCUGCCAGGCUCCAGGAUCUAUGUUGGAUGUUCUUUUAAAAUCUGAUUGA